GAGCUUCCAGGAAGGAAUUAAUCACGUAAAUGAAAAUACUCACGUCCUUUCCCUAAUCCUCCUCUAUCCCUGUUAUCUGGGGAUUUAGAGCAGCAGCAGCAGCAGCAGCAUGGACAUGGACGACUGAGACAGAGACACCACAAUGUUGCUGCUCCUCUCACAUGGACAUGACCAGACAUCUCUCCUACGUUUUUGUUCUUCUUUCUUAACUUGAGCUGGUCAUUAGGACAGUGCCAAAAUGGUCAUCUCUCUGUGUUUGUGUUUUGGUCUGGCCUUUUUUAGUGGACUUCCUGUCCUGAACAGCGCCUGUCCAGCACAGUGUAACUGUUUCUACCACAAACUCAGUGACGGAUCCAAGGCCCGGAGUGUACUGUGCAGUGAUCCUGAGCUCACCUCUGUCCCCACCAACUUCCCCACUGAUGUUUCAAAGCUUCAAAUUGAAAAGACUGACAUUACCCAAAUCUCCAGUGAGGCCUUUAUCACCCUCAGAAAUCUUGAAUUCCUCUGGAUGUCCUUCAACUCUCUUUCCGAGCUCCAUGUGGACAGUUUCCGGGGCCUAAGUGUGCUCAAUGAGCUCCGCCUCGAGGGUAAUUUCCUCACCUCUUUCCCAUGGGAGAGUUUAACCGACAUGCCCAGUCUCCGGCUCCUGGAUUUGCACAACAACAAGAUCACUAGCAUCCCAGUCGAUGCAGUCGUCUAUAUUAAAAACAUUACAUACCUUGAUUUGUCCAGUAACAGCCUCACUACAGUGCCACCGGAAGUGCUGCUGAUGUGGUUCUCAGCAAAACCUACACAGGAGGCUGAGAACUCUAAGCUGAUUUUGGGCCUCCACGAUAACCCAUGGCAGUGUGACUGUCGCUUGUUUGACCUGGUCCAGUUCCAGAAGUCUCCGUCCUCUUCAUUAGCCUUCAUUGAUGCUCACCUGCGCUGUUCGGCGCCUGAGAGCUUUUCAGGUGUACUCUUCUUGAAUGUGGAGAUACGGAGGUGCCAGGUACCACGGGUCCACACAGCAGUGGCUAAGGUCCGCAGCUGGAUAGGGAACAAUGUCCUGCUCCGUUGUGGCACUGUUGGAGUACCGAUGCCUGAGCUUACAUGGUCCCGGGCUGAUGGAAAUGCCAUCAAUGGUACAGUUCGCAAAGAGGUUUCAACUGAAGGCAUCACCUGGUCCGUCCUCAGCAUCCCUGCCGUGUCCUCUCAUGACUCAGGAAAAUAUGUCUGCAGAGCCACUAAUUUUGUGGGCAGCGCCAACGCCAUCAUCUCUCUUGUUAUUCAUGAAACACGGCAGAUUAGUGAGGGAACUAUUAGGAAAACUGUCAGUAAGCAGAACGUAAGCUUUGGACGAUCCGGAUAUCAAGAGAAACUCAUCACCAGAAACAUUCCUCCAACCUCAAUUUCUGUAGCUGUUCCCAUCAUUGAAAUGUUUAAUGACUCAAAAUCCACAGGAUCAUCAAAAAUCGAGAACUUUAGCAGUUCUCAUGGAGUCUUAACUGGCAAAACUACAGCAAACAGCUUAGAAACCAAUAUGGAUGAGAAUGUGCUGAGUAAUUUGGAAGGGAACGCUUCCUCCCUCCAGCAAGGUCCAGAGAGAAGAGUGGUACGUUCCGUCAAAGUCAUUGGAGACACCGAUCACACUGUGUCGAUUAACUGGCGAGCGCCGUCUGCAACCAACAACACAUGGUUUAGUGUUCUUUAUGCUGUAUUCGGUGAGAGAGACAUGAGACGCAUCAACGUCAGUCCUGGAAAGCACCGGAUCACCAUCGAAGGCCUGGUUCCGAAAACCAAGUACAUCGCCUGUGUAUGUGUGAAGGGCCUAAUCCCGAAGAAGGAGCAGUGUGUGAUCUUCUCAACUGAUGAGGCAGCAAGUGCUAGUGGCACUCAGAAGCUUAUCAACGUGGUGGUGAUCACAGUGGCAUGUGUCAUCGCAGUGCCUCUAACCUUGAUUGUUUGCUGUGGGGCUCUGAAACGACGACUCCAGAAGCUCAUGGGAAGGAAAACGAAAGACAAUCAGGACUCCUAUGUGACCUUUGAGACUCUCACGCCAGGUGGCAAGGCUAAAGGGAUGGAAGGGGAGUACCUCACCCACCUCAACCAAGACGAGUCCAACCGCCUUCUCUCAGCUCGCUCCAGUGUCGAUUCGGAGGCCGUGAACAGAACGGAGGGACACCCUAAUGAGUAUUACUGCUAAACUCAUACAGGUGAAAUAAAGACAACAUCAGUCAUUCAUUCACUCACUGAUCUCCUGCAUCUGUUUCAUCCUGGUCAGGAGAUCUGGAGACUAUUCCAGGAAAACUGGGGAGAGUAUACCUUAGUCCAUUGAAUUUGGUUAAAAGAAGCAUUUUUACCACCUGGCUGGGAUACACGUGAUUUGGGCAUAAACAAGCAAGACACCUUUUCCCUGCAAAUCCAUGAGGCAAAACUAUGUGUCUUUGUUUUUACUUUUGAUUCUAAACAAUACAUACACUAAAUGACUUAAAGUUUGUGCACCCUGGGCUUUAAAAGCAUUAGAGAACAGAAAUAAACUCAUUACUUGUGUGUCCUCGAUUCUUGCUUGUCUUUUUUUCACAAUGUUUAUGCACAAACCUAGAAGUGUAUAAUUUCUCUCGUUUUGUAUUUCUGUGCUUUUUCCAUGUUAGUUCAUUUAUUGUGCCGUCAUUCCAGAUGUUCUUUGUAAAUAAAUAUUUAUUUCUUAAAUGCAAUAAA